UGUGUAUAAAUUCACACGUGCGGGCCGGCCCUGACCAGCUGACCUACUUGCAAGGCACGCUCGCAAGCCACAUGUCUCCGGCGGUGAUCACCGGCGCUGCUGCUCGUGACGACGGCAGUGCCGGCCUCGGCGAGCCGCUGCUCGCGAACAGUGAGGGCAGCAGCGUUCACGCCGGGGCCCUGAGGACCACGGCCAAUGGCAGCAGGCACGGGCACGGGCACGUCACGGGGCCGGCAGCCAAGGAGAAGGAAAGCGCAGAGGACAAGUACUGGGUGGAAAUCGACCAGCCGGAGGCGUUGGAGCCCGCGGAUGCGGAGAGGGGCGGGGGCAGGCGGCCCCUACUGUUCCGGAGCAAGAGGGUCAAGCGCAGCAUCCUGCACCCGCGCUUAUGUGUUGACAGGUUCUUGAUCUUCGCUCGACUGAUUGCGGUCAUUCUUUUCUUCAUAUGGCGCGUGGAGAACAACAUCUCCGAUGUCAAGUGGCUUUGGGCGCUAUCCGUUGCCGGGGACGUUUGGUUCGGCUUCUCAUGGCUCCUCAACCAGCUGCCCAGGUUGAACCCCAUCAAGAGCAUCCCAAACCUUGCUGCUCUCAAGCAACAGUACGACCUCCCGGACGGCAGCUCAAGCCUCCCCGGAAUCGAUAUCUUCGUCACUACAGCCAACCCUGUUGAUGAGCCGAUAUUGUACACGAUGAACUCCGUUCUCUCCAUCCUCGCCACUGACUACCCGGUCGAGAAAUACACUUGCUAUCUGUCGGAUGAUGCUGGAGCAUUGAUCCACUACGAGGCAUUGGCUGAGACUGCAAAGUUUGCCACAUUGUGGGUUCCCUUCUGUAGGAAGCACUGUAUCGAACCAAGAGCACCUGAGAGCUAUUUUGGGUCAAAAGUAGAACCGUACAAAGGAAAAGCGGCAGAGGAUUUUGUACAUGACCACAGGUAUCUGCGUAGGGAGUAUGAUGAGUUCAAGGUGCGGAUAGACAAGCUCUUUGACACAGUUCGCCUGCGGUCUGAUGCAUACAAUAUUGUGAACUCUGAAGGAGAGACAAAGGCAACAAAAGCAACUUGGAUGGCUGAUGGGACACAGUGGCCAGGAACAUGGCUUGAUCCAAUAGAAAACCAUAUGAAAGGUCAUCAUGCGCCAAUUAUUCAGAUUCUGUUGGAGCAACCAAAUCAUACACCUCAACUUGGCCAAUCCACGGGUGCUCAAAACCCUCUUGACUUGAAUGUCAUUGAUGUCCGUCUCCCAAUGCUUGUAUACAUGUCUCGCGAGAAGCACCCAAGCUAUGAUCACCAGAAGAAGGCUGGAGCCAUGAACGUGCAGCUGCGCGUCUCUGCAUUGCUCUCCAACGCGCCCUUCAUCAUCAACUUUGACUGUGACCACUACAUCAAUAACUCGAAGGCUAUUCGUGCUGCCAUGUGCUUCAUGCUCGACCCACGGGAAGGAGAAAACACUGCCUUCGUACAGUUCCCACAACGGUUCGACGACGUCGACCCAACAGACAGGUAUUGCAACCAUAACCGUGUCUUCUUCGAUGGCACCAUGCUCGCACUCAAUGGCCUCCAGGGACCAUCUUACCUCGGCACUGGUUGCAUGUUCCGUCGCACUGCGCUCUAUGGCGCAGAACCUCCUCGUCGAAGAGCCAUUGAUAUCACAGUCAAAGCUAAUAUUUUUGGCAACUCAACAUCGUUCCUAGAAUCAAUACCAAUUGCCGAGAAACAAGAUCGACCAAUAAUGGUGCGGCCACUUGAUGAGUUGAUUACUGCCGAGUUGUUGAAUCUCAUGUCGUGUGCAUAUGAAGUUGGGACUAGUUGGGGCAGGGGUAUUGGAUGGAUUUACAACAUUGCAACAGAAGAUGUUGCGACCGGUUUUCGUGUGCAUCGGCAAGGAUGGUUCUCCAGGCAUUGCACCAUAGAGCCCGCUGCUUUCCGUGGGACUGCACCAAUCAACCUUACUGAACGCCUUCUCCAAAUUAUGCGGUGGUCCGGUGGAUCCCUAGAGAUGUUCUUCUCCCACAACAGCCCGCUCCUUGCCGGUGGUUGGAUGCACCCCUUGCAGCGUGUGGCAUACCUCAACAUGACAAUCUACCCAGUCACCUCAAUCUUCAUCGUAGUCUAUGGUCUAUGCCCACUCAUGUGGCUUUUCCCUGAAGAAUUCUACAUACAAAGGCCAUUCACUAGGUAUGUCUUGUACCUCAUUCUGAUAAUCUUGAUGAUUCACAUGAUCAGAGCUUUUGACAUAAAGUGGGCGGGGAUCGCAUGGACGGACUGGUGGCGUAAUGAGCAAUUCUUCAUGAUUGGUGCAACAAGUGCAUACCCAACUGCAGUGUUGUACAUGCUGAUCAAGCUCAUCACAGGGAAAGGGAUACAAUUCAGGAUCACCUCGAAGCAGACAACAACCGACGGCGAUGGAAAGUUGGCCGAUUUGUAUGUCUUCCGAUGGGUGCCGCUAUUGAUCCCCACAAUUGUGGUUUUUGUUGCAAAUGUCGGGGCGAUUGGUGUGGCGUUGGGUAAGGUGAUUGUAUUCAAUGGAGUUUGGGUAUCGGUGCAAGUGAGGCAUGCAGCUCUGGGCUUGCUCUUCAACAUAUGGAUCAUGGCACUCCUCUACCCAUUUGCACUGGCAGUAUUGGGAUGGCGAGGGAAGAAACCAACUAUCCUAGUCAUCCUGUUGCCUAUUGCCUUUGUAGCUGUUGCCCUGGCAUAUGUCGCUGUUCAUAGCCUUCUCGUUAAUUUUAUCCCAUUCUAGAUGCAAAUGUUGGCAGUUUGGAUGAAAUAAAGGACUUCUAAUAUCUUUUUGAUUUUUCAGUUCUGGCUAGUACUCCCUAAAAGGAAGUACUAUAAGGUGAAAUAAAUGUAUGUGUCCCCAUUUCGAUUUAGUAUACAAUCCUGAAUUUUUGAAGUUGAA